UAUAAAAUACUGAACUGGUGUGUGAUUAGAAUUGUUACUUCGAACACAUGUCACGGAUAACAAGUGUUAAAUAUGCUACAAAUAUUUGUGUUACAAAUUAAUGUUUACCUUUACGUUUUACAACUCUAUUAUGUGUUGCAUUGUUUUUCUCUUUUCUAGUGUUUCUUGUCUUCUUUUCUUUUAUUUUCUCAAUAUUUUUGUCUUUUGACCUCUUUUCUUUUGCACAUUUAUUAAAAAGUCUCCUACUGCUCUUCCUGGGUGGUGAAACAAUAGAAUUUGUUUUUUCUUCUUCUGAUAUAUUUGGCUUGGUUGAUCUAAGAUUGGAUGGGAGGUAUGACUGGGCCGUUAAUGGUCUACUUGGUGAUGGUUCUACAAUAACACAGCGGUCUGGAUUUUGCUUCACUGUAUAUUCUUGGUCGGUUUUAUGUGAUUUUAAACCUUCUUGACAGAACUUGUCUUUCAAUUCACCAGAGCCAUAAAACCAUCGAUUCCCAUCUUUGUCUUGAACAAGACAAAAAACAUCUGAUCCUGUAAUGGAAUGUUACUCAUAUGCCUUUUUCAGCAAUGUCGGUCUCCUUUUACACAAAGAAAUUGAUCGUUUUCGAUUACUUGGCUUAAAGGAUAUGUCUACUUUUCCAGAAUGAUGUUUCAUUUUAGUAGACGCAUAGCUGUGGCCAUGUUUUUCGAAGUCAUUUACGCUCAAUUCAUUAUUUUGCAGACAUUCAUUUCCCAAACUUAACCCACUUUGAGCUUGAUUAUUAGAUGUCUCCUCAGAUACGACUGUUUCAUUGCCAAUAGGUACAUCAAGAUUUGUCACAGUAAAACUAUCAUCAUACUCGAUUUCUGAAUAAAAGGAACAAUAAUUUUCAUUCAUAUCUGAACAUGUCUCACUGUUGUCAUUCAGUAAUGGAAUGGUAGAUAACAUAUCAUUAUCAUGUGUCAUUGUUUCAUCUGGCCUCCCUGUCAGUAACUCGCAUAAUGCUGAAGCAGCAGACGUGUCCUCAGAUUCCAUUUUCUAAAAUAUAAAAUACAUAAAUUUAUGUAAAUCCAUUCGUUUUCCCGAUCAGGAAGUAUUUGCAUUGACUAAAAUGGCUGUAGCACAUGGGCCAGGAGUAACGAUAAAGUUUUUUUCUGUUAUCAAAGGGUAUCAUAACUACAAGAUAAAGAUGGAACAUUCUAAACAUUACAAGUGUCAACAAGAACCAGAUAACUGUAUUGACAAAGAUGCAGUUGUUGUUAAAUGCUUGGAGUCUGGAAAUACUGUCGGACAUGUGCCUUCAAAACCGGUGAAAUUGAACAAAAAAAUUACACGCAUCCUUCAGCUAGAUUCUACUAUAGAAAUUUACUGGUAUGUUCUGUUUAUUUGAACAUCAACAUUAUUGAGUUGAAAGCUUAUGUAUAUUUAAAAUUGAACGAAAAGAAAAUUCAUGCUUCUGUUACAUAUUUCAGUCAGUCAUAUGACAUCCCAAGACAAAGUGCUCAUCCCUGGCCGCUUUGCUUCCAGAAAGGUGGAGGUGUUAUCCAGCCAGCAGUUUAUUUAAUUAGUACACCAUUUCGAUAUGAAAGACAGAUAUUGAACAUAUUAGACGAGGUCGCAGAUGAAAACCAGGAUAUCUACAGUCAAAUGUCAAUAACAACUGAACGAGAUGGUGAGAAGACGCCGCCUAUGAUACUAUCAUCUGUAUCUGGACAUCCAGACACCCCAGACUACAAAACAUGCACACCCUGACUGUUGAUCUCUUGUAAAGGAAAUUAAUAAA